AUGACUACAAAUGAAGAAAUUGAAGAAAUUGAAAACCAUUUAAAGAAUGCGGAAGGAAAAUUUAAUGUGGCCGUAGGAGAAUUAAAGAAUAAAGAAAAGAGGUUGGACGAAUUGUUGGAGGGAGAAGUGGAAAAUAUGAAGUUUCCCUCGAAAAAGGCACGCGUUGAUGAAACAGAUCCAUUAAUUCAGAAUCUGUCGAAAUUUUGGAAUGCUCUUCCAAGUGCUGACAUAGUUGAUGAUAUUCUUUCUCUUGAAUCUGGUGUAUUUCCUAAUAUUCGAGAUAAUCCCUCAAAAAUUUUUAUUCGGAAAGCUUACACAGAUAUUUUCAAAGAGAUUAAAGCAUUGAUUGAAAGUCACAAAUAUUACCGGUUUGUAAUUACAGGAAACCCUGGAAUUGGCAAAAGCUAUUUUCUCUUUUAUUUACUAUAUGAGUUAGCAAAAUCUGGAGAAACUGUGGUGUUGGAUAGUCAUGAACGUGUUAAAUGUAUCGUUUUUAAGAAUGCCAUGGUUAAAUUGGAGAAAAUUGAUAAAUUGGGUCAUAUUUUGAAUGAAGAAACUACAUGGUAUCUAGUUGAUACCAAGAAACCUUUGAAAUAUGGAGCGAUUACCAUUCUUGUCUCAUCACCAAACCCACAAUAUUAUAAGGAGUUCCUUAAAUUUCCAUACGCGACAUUGCGAUAUAUGCCAAUUUGGAGUUUAGAAGAAAUUAGUUAUUGCAAGAAUAUCUUAUUUCCAGAUGUCGAAGAAAAUGAAAUGCUGAAUCGAUUUGAUAAAUGGGGUGGAAUACCAAGAUUCGUUUUGGAAAAGAUAAGCGAUGAUAAGACAUUGGAUAGUUUUCUUGAGAAGGCAAUUGUUAAAAGUGACUUGAAAAAAUGUAUAAUGAGUAUUGGAGAAAUCGAUAGCCCUGAAGAUGUUAGUCAUCGAAUCCUUCAUAUUGUUACCAAUGAUUAUUGUUGCACAACCAUUAUGUUUGCUUCUACUUACGUAGCUGAGAAAGUAGCAGAACAUUUUGAACGCCAACAAAAACGGGAACUUAUUACAUUUCUUUCGGUUUCGGAAGGAGAUGGUAGAUUGGGCUCACUUCGUGGACAAUUAUUUGAAGGAUAUGCACAUAAUGUUUUGCGUAAAGGGGGAAUAUUUCGUAUUCGUAAACUUGGUGGAAAUCAAGAAGAAGAGCUAAUUUUAAAGCCCAGAGAUGAGCAAUUAUUU